UUUCCACUAGGACCUAAAGGUCAGAGAGAAGUUAAGUUUUCCACUGGGACCUGAGGAUGUGGCUGGAGGAUUUGGUCCAUUUCAAAAAGCCGCAGUUCUUCUGCUGGAGUUGUAACAGGUUUGCAUAGACCUCACAGACUGACAGUCUAACAGACUCCAGUCUGUUGUAAAUACAAAGUGAAACAUUUGUUUUAAGCAUCCUCUGAGAGGCCUGAAUGCUGCUGAUACUCCCUGUCCCUUUUCAAGCAAAGAGUCAGGGCUGAAAGUCCUGCCUUUACUUACCUUGAAGUCUGGAGAUGUAGCUCUGCUGGGUGGAAUUUGGUGUGGAAGGUGAUGGGACAUAGUUGCAAUAAACUAUUUUGCAGCCCAGUCUUGAGUCAGGCAGGGCAGACUGUCCACCACCAUUUUACUGCUCAGCAGAAUUGACUGGAUCUGCAAGUCCCUGAGCCGGGAAGCACUGAGGCUCCAAUUUCUGGUACCAUGGUUCCCAGCAAAGUGGAGAGUAGGUUCCUACUUCAGUGUGCUUUGUUUGGAGGCUGCUCUUGGUAGGUGUGAGCUGUCCCUGACCUAUGCAGACUUGAAAUUCGAUAGUGGAGACUGCCAAAAAACAUUUUAUGUUGUAAAUAUGUGCGACAUUAUAAUAUGGCAGCAGUGGGUACAACUCUCCAAAUAUCUGAUAUAGGCUUCUGGACAGCUCGAAGUUCAUCCGAGAUGCAGUAUAUUAUCAUUUAAGCCUGGAGGCAGCACAGAUGGAAGCUGUGAUUGCUGAUCUUGCAGGCUAAGCAGGUCAAGCUGGAUGUCUCCCUGCUCGGGAGAUCUUCAGAUGGGUCUGAGAGCAUUGUAGGCUGCUCGUGGCUUGUAGUUUUAUCUUGGAUUUGGUACUGAACCUGUGUCUCAGUGUUACGCUCAUCUCUGGCUACAUAGCUGGAGGCACUCUGGUUUUGGGUAAGCUACUGCCUGCUAGUGCUUUUGUCAAGUAAUCAAAGUUAUGUUGGUGUCCUAGGCACGCUUUUUUUUGCCAGGUAAAUAUCGAUGAUAAAGCAGUUUCUGCUCUAGUCUGAUUAAUAGGUCUCUGCCUGCUAAGAUUCCUAUGCUGCUUUAUUCAGCUGAUGCUCCUAAAUGGUAGUACAGCUCUGCUCCAACUUUAUUGUGACUUUUGCCCAGGUGCUGGUUCUGCAGCCAAAUGAAGUCAUGUAGCCAGUAAUGAACUUCAUGUAUGUUCAACUGGCUUAAAUAAAUUCCAUUAACCUGUAACUAAAGGCCUAAGAAAGAGAGAAGGAAAAGAACUUGAAAGUGCAAGUCAAGGUGCUCCAUCUUCAAGUCCUAAAUAGUGGAGUAGAGAGGAGUGAGUCCUUACAGCUGUGUUUAGCUUGUGUCCCACACUCCCUGCUCCGUUGGCACAAUGCAGGUAGCUUGUACCUUCCCAGCACAAUGCCCUGGUUUUCUCUGACUCUCUUGUCAUCACAUGCUACAUGAACAUUUUGCAGUUUGUCUUUCUCUUUUUUUUGCCCUUCCCCCCCUUCCCCCCCCUUUAUCUGUCUCAGUGAUGUGUCAGAGCCUAAUGCAGGGCUGAGCUCUUCUCCCACCAUGUGACGUGGGUUAUAACCUCAGCCCUGUGUCUUCUCUAAAGCUAAAUCUGCUUUGGACCUUGAGCCCCCAGGGAGUUAAAUUCCUCUGGGACUGUGUGACGAGCCGGCGGAUCCCUGGGAGCCAUGGCUGUAUCAUGGCAGACGAAAUGGGGCUGGGCAAAACUCUCCAGUGCAUCACACUCAUGUGGACGCUUCUCCGGCAAAGCCCGGACUGCAAGCCCGAAAUCGAGAAAGCCGUGGUGGUGUCUCCCUCCAGCCUGGUGAGAAACUGGUACAAUGAAGUAGAGAAAUGGCUGGGGGGAAGGAUCCAGCCACUGGCCAUUGAUGGAGGCUCCAAAGAAGAGAUUGACCGUAAACUAGUUGGCUUUAUGAACCAGCGUGGCCUGCGAGUGCCUUCACCCAUCCUGAUUAUCUCCUAUGAAACCUUCCGACUCCACGCCGAGGUGCUGCAGAAGGGCAGUGUUGGGCUGGUCAUAUGUGAUGAGGGCCAUAGACUGAAGAACUCAGAAAACCAAACUUACCAGGCUCUCAACAGCUUAAACACACCUCGACGAGUCCUUAUCUCAGGCACCCCCAUUCAGAACGACCUGCUAGAGUAUUUCAGCCUGGUGCACUUCGUCAAUUCGGGCAUCCUGGGAACUGCACAGGAAUUUAAAAGACAUUUUGAAAUGCCCAUCUUGAAAGGAAGAGAUGCAGAUGCAAGUGAAGCUGAGCGACACAAGGGAGAAGAGAGGCUUAAAGAGCUGAUCAGUAUUGUGAACAGGUGCUUAAUUCGGAGAACUUCAGACAUCCUGUCCAAAUACCUGCCAGUGAAGAUUGAACAGGUGGUCUGCUGCAGACUGACACCUUUGCAGACUGAGCUGUACAAGAACUUCCUGAAGCAAGCCAAGCCAGUGGAGGAGCUGAAGGAGGGCAAAAUCAGUGUUUCAUCUCUCUCUUCCAUCACUUCCUUGAAGAAGCUCUGUAAUCAUCCUGCUCUUAUCUAUGAUAAGUGUGUGGAAGAGGAAGAAGGAUUUAUGGGAGCCCUGGACUUGUUCCCUGCUGGCUACAGCACCAAAUCUGUGGAGCCCCAGCUUUCAGGCAAGAUGCUGGUUUUGGAUUACAUCCUUGCUGUUACCAAAAGCACCAGUAAUGACAAGGUGGUUUUAGUGUCUAACUACACUCAGACACUGGAUCUAUUUGAAAAGCUCUGCAGGAACAGAAGGUAUUUGUAUGUCCGCCUGGACGGCACCAUGUCCAUUAAAAAGAGAGCAAAGAUCGUGGAGCGAUUCAACAGCCCCUCGAGCCCCGAGUUCAUCUUCAUGUUAAGCAGCAAAGCAGGUGGCUGUGGUUUGAACCUGAUUGGGGCCAACAGACUGGUGAUGUUCGACCCUGACUGGAACCCUGCCAACGACGAGCAGGCCAUGGCUCGCGUGUGGCGGGAUGGCCAGAAGAAGAUGUGCUACAUCUACCGACUGCUUUCGACAGGGACCAUAGAGGAGAAGAUAUUCCAGCGCCAGACCCACAAGAAGGCCCUGAGCAGCUGCGUGGUGGAUGAAGAGCAGGAUGUAGAAAGGCAUUUCUCACUUGGGGAGCUGAAGGAGCUCUUCACGCUGAAUGAGACCACCACCAGUGACACCCAUGACAAGAUCAAGUGUCGCCGCUGUGUGAACGGGCACCAGGUCCGGCCCCCUCCCGACGGCUCCGACUGCACCUCGGACCUGUCCCAGUGGCACCACUGCGCCGAUAAGCGGGGCCUGCAGGACUCUGUGCUGAAGGCUGCAUGGGAUGCUGCUGUCACCUUCACUUUCCAUCAUCACUCCCAUGAGGAGCAGCGAGGGAUUCCCUAAGAGGUUACUGUCCCCUGUGGGGGCAAGGGCAGGCUCUGUGGCAGCCUGCCUCACUUUGAUCCCUUUCAAGGAAAGGGACAGUGGGCAGCUGUGCAUGCUGGACUUUGUGUGGCCGUGGGACAGCAGAACAGUAUGGCUUCGGAGUGGCUGGAAGGCCCUUGGCAGUGUUCAGUCUACUGCAGCAGCAAGGAGUCCAUGGCUUUUUUUUCUCCUGUUGUAUUGUGUGCCUGAAAAACACCCCCAUGGGAACUGGGAAUAACGGGACCUUCCAUGCUUGAUCAGAUUUAGCACUGGUUCACUCUAGGCCUUUGGUGUCUGUGCCUUCUACUCACCCAGGUUUUGUCUUCAGGUUUUAUAGCAUUUGAUGUGCAGUCAAGUUUUUUUCCUUGACAGCUCCGGCUUACAGCUGCUGAUCAAAACUUGCAGGAUCCACUUUGCUGUGAAAUGUGAACCUUGCUGAUUACUUGGGAACAAGAGGAUUUUGUACAAGGGAAAAAAUUUUUAGCUUGUAUGUUGAACAUCUGGCCUGAAAGAUCAUGCAAGCAAGGCUCUAUUCCAGUAACUCCAUUUCUAAAACCACUUGAUUUGUUAUGGGCAGGAUCCCCUGAUCUAGCAGUGUUUUAAUGAGAUCACAUUACAUGACAGUAAUAAAAUUCACAGUUUGGUACAUUA